AUGGGGGAAGAAGGCGGCGGCCGCAGCUGUGGGACCACUAGGGAGCUGCAGAAGCUGAAGCAGCAGGCGAUGGAGUACUACCGGGAGAACGACGUCCCGCGCAGGCUGGAAGAGCUGCUCAACUCCACCUUCUACCUCCAGCCUGCCGACGUCUACGGGCACCUGGCAAACUGUUUCUCUAAACUCGCAAAGCCUCCCACCAUAUGCAAAGUAGUGGGGAGAAACGUGUUGGAUGGACUGGGGCUUCCAACCCUACAAGUGGAAAUAUUCUGCACCAUUCAAAACUUCCCCAAGAACAUAUGUUCAGUGGUGAUCUCAACGCACUUUGAAGUCCAUGAGAACGCUUUACCUGAGCAGGCUGAGGCCGAGGAAGUGGAAAGGUCUAAGGCCGUCAGCACUGCUGUGCAGUGGGUCAACAAAACCAUCACGGAGGAGCUUCGGGGCAUAGCCCCCUCCAACCAGGCCGAGGUGGACCAGGUGCUCAGGACAUUCUUUGAAAGUAAAGUACAAGAAGAGAAGGAGAGAAGACAGCUGGAAAAGGGCCUGGAAGACCAAACAAUAGCCAUCCCUUCACCUCCACCUCCUCCACCCCCAGCAAGAAAAAAAGGACAAAGGCAAGGGAGGACAGAUACUCUUACAGAGAAGCCUAUCUUGCCUCCAGAACCUGUUGAACCUGUCCUCAGUGGCAGCAUGGCCAUUGGGGCAGUGUCACUAGCUGUGGCCAAAACCAGUGCCAUGCUGGACAAUAACCCCCUCUACUUAAAUAUUGCAUUACUGAAGCACCCUCAGGAGCAGCCGACAAAGCUAACUAUACCUUUGCUAAUGGUAUCUCUGGUCAGCUGUGGGAAGUCAUCGCCCGGCAAGUUGAAUUUAAUGAAAGAAGUGAUUUGUAUACCCCAUCCUGGAUUAACAGCUAAACAAGGUGUGGAGAUGCUUCUGGAAAUUCAGAAACAUAUUAACAAAACAAUUGAAAUGCCGCCUCCUCCAAAAACAGAGACAAAAAAAGGGCAUAAUGGAAACAAAAGAAGUCAACAGCCCAUCACCGGCAAGAUGUCCCAUCUUGGCUGUUUAACCAUUAAUUACGACACCAUAGAGCAGCCGCUGCUCCUCAUCGAAGGCAUCUGUGCAAACCUGGGGCUGGACCUGGGGACCAAUCUGCAUCUAGCCAUCAACUGUGCUGCACAUGAGCUGAUAGAUUAUAGCAGAGGGAAGUACGAAGUGAUGACGGGAACGUACAAAAACGCAGCCGAGAUGGUGGACCUGUACGGGGAUCUGAUCAGCCGGUUCCCUUCAAUUAUCGCCUUGAUCGAUCCUUUCAGGAAGGAGGACUCUGAACAGUGGGACAGCAUCUAUAAUGCUCUUGGUUCCAGAUGUUACAUAAUUGCAGGAACUACAUCCAAAAGCAUUUCUAAACUUCUAGAGAACGGUAACAUCAGCAUCCCCAAAUCCAGUGGGCUGAUCAUCAAACACACCAAUCAAACUACGAUGUCUGACUUGGUGCAAAUAACCGAUCUUCUUGACAGUAAGAAGCACAUCGCUGUCUUUGGAAGUACAGAAGGAGAGUCUUCUGAUGACAGCCUUGUCGAUUUGGCCAUUGGACUCGGUGUCCGGUUUAUCAAGUUGGGAGGUCUUUCUCGAGGCGAACGGGUGACUAAGUACAACCGCCUUUUUACUAUAGAGGAAGAACUUGUCCAGAAGGGAGCACUGGGUUUCAACGAGGAACACACAUUUUUUUCCUUGCACGAGGAAGCUGAAAAGGCCACCAUGGCUGGGGGGCCGCCUGAGCUCCUGGAGCCCAUCUUCCCCACAGAAGUGAUGGAGGGAUCAGCCAAAGCGUGA